AUGGCCUCGUACCACCUGUACGGGGCGCUGAUCGCCGUGGUGUGCGUGCUCUGCUACCACAACAGCCUCAACUGUGGCUUCGUCUUCGACGACAUCAGCGCGAUCAAGGAGAACCGCGACCUGCGGCCACACUCGUCGAUCAAGAACGUGUUCCUCAACGACUUCUGGGGCACGCCGAUGCACAAGGAACAAAGCCAUAAAUCAUAUCGACCGCUGUGCGUCCUGACGUUUCGCUGGAAUUAUCUGCUGCACGGGCUGGAGCCGGCCGGCUAUCAUCUGGUCAACGUGCUGCUGCACACGAUCGUUUCGCUGAUGUACUUCCGAAUGUGCGCCAUGCUGCUCUCGGAGAUGGCCAGCUUUGCGGCGGCGCUACUCUUCGCCGUCCACCCGAUCCACACCGAAGCGGUGACCGGAGUCGUGGGACGCGCGGAAACGCUCUCGUCCGUGUUUUUCCUGGCGGCAUUCAUUUUCUACACCAAGGCGACCAGGCGGAAAAAAUCCACAGGCUGGCGCUACCUCUGCCUUUCGAUGCUGUUCGUCGCGACGGCGAUGCUGUGCAAGGAGCAGGGCAUCACCAUUACGGGCGUGUGUGCGAUCUACGAAAUCUUCGUCGCCCAAAAGAUCCGGCUCGGCGAUAUCUACCAUCUGGCCCGGUCGAUGGCGAGCGGCGGCGGCAAGUCGUUAGCCCUGCCGACCGGCUGGUGGCCCCACGAAGCCAGCCGCCGACUGGUGGUCCUGUGCGUCACCACCGUCGCCCUGCUGUUCGUCCGGCUACAGAUCAUGGGCUCCCAGCUGCCCGUCUUUACCAGAUUCGACAAUCCGGCGUCCGUAGCGGCCACCCCGGUCCGGCAGCUGUCGUACAACUAUCUCGUGUCGGUUAACCUGUGGCUGCUGCUGUUCCCGUGCGAUCUGUGCUGCGACUGGACGAUGGGCACCGUGCCGCUGGUCGAGUCGUUCACCGACCCGCGCAAUCUGUCCACCCUCGGUGCCUACACCAUCAUCGGUGUCCUGGCGUGGGUUGCCUUCAUCGAGAACCAUCGGCAGAAAACGGCGGUCGUUGUGAUGGGCCUGGCCUUCAUGAUACUGCCGUUCCUGCCGGCGUCGAACCUGUUCUUCCCGGUCGGGUUCGUCAUCGCCGAGCGCGUUCUCUACAUGCCCUCGAUGGGCUUCUGUCUGCUGGUGGCGUACGGUGUCCACAUCCUGUCCGAGUGCUGGUCGCGCAAGCUGACCUGGUGCUGCCUCGGGUUCCUGCUGCUGACGCACUCGAUCAAAACGUACAACCGGAACGCCGACUGGGAGUCGGAGUACUCGAUCUUCAUGUCCGGCCUGAAGGUGAACCAGCGGAACGCGAAGCUGUUCAACAACGUCGGGCACGCGCUCGAGAGCGAGGGCAGCUUCGAGGAGGCGCUCCAGUUCUUCCACAAGGCCGUCAGCGUGCAGGAGGACGACGUCGGGGCGCACAUCAACGUGGGCCGCACCUACAACCACCUGAAGAUGUUCAAGGAGGCGGAGAUGGCGUACCUGAAGGCGAAGUCCCUGCUGCCGAAGGCGAAGCCGGGCGAGUCGUACCAGGCGCGCAUCGCGCCGAACCACCUGAACGUGUUCCUCAACCUGGCCAACCUGAUCUCGAAGAACGCCACCCGGCUGGAGGAGGCCGACCUGCUGUACCGGCAGGCGAUCAGCAUGCGGUCGGACUACACGCAGGCGUACAUCAACCGGGGCGACAUCCUGAUCAAGCUGAACCGCACCAAGGAGGCGCAGGAGGUGUACGAGCGGGCCCUCCUGUACGACAGUGCCAAUCCGGACAUUUACUACAACCUGGGGGUCGUGUUCCUCGAGCAAGGCAAAGCCUCCCAGGCCCUCGCGUACCUCGACAAAGCGCUCGAGUUCGAUCCGGAGCACGAGCAGGCCCUACUCAACUCGGCCAUCCUGCUGCAGGAACUGGGCCGGCCGGAGCUGCGGAAGAUUGCCCGCGAACGUCUGCUGAAGCUGCUCGCUAAGGAUGAGGCGAACGAACGGGUGCACUUCAACCUGGGCAUGCUGGCGAUGGACGAUCGGAACACGGACGAGGCGGAAAGCUGGUUCCGGCGGGCGGUCCAUCUGAAGCAGGAUUUCCGCAGCGCCCUGUUCAACCUGGCGCUGCUACUCGCGGACGAUCAUCGGCCGCUUGAGGCCGCCCCGUUCCUGAACCAGCUCGUCAAGUACCACCCGGACCAUAUCAAGGGUCUCAUCCUGCUCGGUGAUAUCUACAUCAACAACAUCAAGGAUCUGGAUGCAGCCGAAAACUGCUACAAACGCAUCCUGCAGCUCGACCCGAUCAACAUCCAGGGUCUGCACAACCUGUGCGUGGUGUACGUCGAGCGGGGCAAGCUGGUGCAGGCCCAGGCCUGCCUGUCGCACGCCCACCAGCUGGCCCCGGGCGAGGACUACAUCGGGCGGCACCUGCAGAUCGUGCAGACGCGCAUCGCCCGGUUACGCCAAUCGCCGGACGGUGGCCGCGAGAAGGAGGUCGCCUUCGCGGAGUACGAUCCGCGCGAGUUCGGCGGAAGCGCCGCCCUGCUGGCGGCCGAGAACGUUGACUUUCAGCCACUGCCACUCCAGCAGCGCAGCACUGUAAAUAGUAGGGAACAGGAGGAGGGACCGCCGCCGGAGGCGUCGGGUCAGAAAAAGCGGGUCGAGGAGCGCACGCCGGGCUCGGAAUCGGCAGAAAUGGCCGCCAAGUUAACCUACAUCGCUGGACGGCGUUAA